AUGUCACAACUAGCUGCCGACCUGCCUCACGCCUCCAAUACGGCCGAGAAGAACCACGGCGCUCUUGAUCCCAAUGACUACGUGUCUGACGCGCCGUCCACAAUCGAUCCAAACAUAUCGGACAAAGAAAAGGGGGCCAUUUAUCCGGGUAGCGACGCUCCGGAUGGGGGCUUAGCUGGAUGGCUCGUUGUGCUCGGCGUGUGGUGCACCGCCUUUUGCAGUUUUGGCUGGAUCAACAGUGUCGGCGCUUUCCAGGAGUACUAUCAAAAUGACCUCCUUCGUCAAUAUUCUCCUAGCACCAUAUCAUGGAUUCCUUCUCUUCAGAUCUUCUUCAUGACGGCGACAGGGCCGAUAUUAGGCAAAGUAUACGACAUGCAUGGCCCGCGCCAACUUCUUUUGAUGGGUAGUUUUCUGCACGUGUUUGGUCUCAUGAUGGCCUCACUAUGCAAGGAGUACUAUCAAAUUCUACUUGCGCAGGGCGUUUGCUCCGCCAUUGGCGUUUCUGCUAUCUUCCAGCCAUCCAUCGCCGUAAUCCACGGCUGGUUCAAUGUCAAUCGCGGCGCCGCCUUUGGCAUCCUUUCUACCGGCUCCAGCAUUGGCGGUGUCGUUUUCCCGAUUAUGGUCACACGGCUGAUUCGUCAAGUUGGUUUCGCUUGGGCGAUGCGUAUCAGCGCUUUUCUCAUCCUCGCUUUGCUCAUCCUCGCCAACCUUACGGUCCGCGCAUUCCACCCACCGACACCUCAGAAGAUUACCAAAGCGCAGCUGCUCAGGCCGUUCCGCGAGCUCGAAUUCGUCCUCAUCACGCUCGGCUUCACGGUUUUCACCUAUGGCAUCUACGUACCCAUCAAUUUCCUUCCCGUCCAAGCGCUCGAAGCCGGCAUAGACCCAAAUCUGGUGCAGUACCUCAUUCCCAUUCUUAAUGCCGCCUCCCUCUUCGGUCGUAUGUUUGCUGGCUUCCUCGGCGACAAGAUCGGUCGUCUCAACAUAUUCGUCAUAGUCUGCUACCUCACGGGCCUCUGGAUUCUUGCCCUCUGGAUCCCCGCCGCCACGGACGGCGCCCUCAUCGCCUUUGCCAUUCUCUUUGGCUUUUGUUCGGGCGCCUAUGUCUCGCUCAUCGGCCCCCUCGUUGCUCAGGUAUCGCCUCUAUCUGAAAUUGGCUUCCGCACUGGCCUUGUUUUCUUUGCGUCCUCCAUUGGAGGACUGACCACAAACCCAAUCAACGGUGCCAUUAUCGACUCGCCUCAUGGGCUCUUAGGCAUGAAGAUCUUUGCAGGUGUCUUCUGUAUGGUCGGGACUACCUUUAUCCUGGCUGCCAGAAUCCAUCGCACUGGUUGGAAACUGCUCGUGGUAUUCUGA